GAUCACUUGGACGGUGCUCUCGGAGUUGUUCCGCAUUUUUCGAUAUCGGCCUCUACCUGCUUUCAGUGUCGCCGGCCUCAUCUCCUCCUAUUUCCUGUUGAUUUAUUCUGCAGCGGUAUCGAAUUUUCAAUUAAUCAAGUUUGAUGGGAGUUCCAGGAGCAUUACUUUUUCCGGAUCGGAUAUUUCUUGGUUUUUUUGUAGGGUUUUUUGUCCUAUUUAGUUGCCCUUUGCCUUCACUAGGUUCGAUCCAUGAAUACAAGAACGGGGCUUUCAUUCCUCGCUCGAAUUCCUUCUUCUUCCAUGGCGGCAGCGAGGGUCUAUACGCGUCGGAGGCAAGCAUCAAUUCCUCCUCCUCCGAUGGGAAAUCAUUUAUCCAAUUUGACUCUGUCACCUUUCGUCGAACAAAAGAAUCAGCAUCGAUGCAUCAUGAUAUGCAAUCAAGCACUGGUUUGGUGGAAGCCAUAAUACUUGAAAUUCAGGACAGAGACCGAAUUGGUGGGGCCUUUUUAAAUUCUGAAGACAUAUGCUGCACUCCACAACUUAACAAGGAUAAAUCUUGUAAGUUAGCAGAGGUAAUUAUUCAUCCAAAUCCUGAUAAUGCCCAAUGGCCAAAACGCAUACAGACGUUUUUUGAUGGUACAAAUGAGGAAGCAACUAUGAUCACUCAAAAUAUUCCUAUAGAAAAAACCGGAAUGUACUAUCUCUAUUUUAUGUUUUGUGACCCGCAACUACAAGGUUUGACAAUCAGUGGAAGAACUGUUUGGAGAAAUCCAGGAGGUUAUCUGCCUGGUAAAAUGGCACCAUUGAUGACAUUUCAUGGUUUCAUGUCAUUAGCAUAUCUUGCACUUGGUCUUGUUUGGUUUCUCCAAUUUGUGCGGUUCUGGAAAGAUACAUUGCAGCUUCACUACCAUAUUACAGCUGUAAUUGCACUAGGCAUGUGUGAGAUGGCAUUCUGGUUCUUUGAGUAUGCAAAUUUUAAUGACUCUGGAAGCCGGCCAAUGGGCAUUACCAUUUGGGCUGUGACUUUUACUGCUGUCAAGAAAACUGUUUCUAGGAUGCUUCUUUUGGUGGUUUCAAUGGGUUAUGGUGUUGUAAGGCCGACAUUGGGUGGCAUAACUUCUAAAGUUAUCCUUCUUGGUGUUGUAUAUUUCAUUGCCUCAGAGGCCCUUGAGCUUGUUGAACACUUGGGCAAUAUCAACGACUUUUCUGGAAAAGCGAGGCUAUUCCUGGUUCUACCUGUUGCUCUCUUGGAUGCUGUCUUCAUUGUAUGGAUAUUUUCAUCUCUAUCCAAAACACUUGAAAAGCUUCAGGUGCGGAGAAGUGUGGCCAAACUAGAUUUGUAUCGGAAGUUCACGAAUUCCUUGGCUGUGUCCGUGCUUCUUUCUGUUGCUUGGAUUGGCUAUGAGUUGUAUUUUAAUGCUACUGACCCAUUAAGUGAACUGUGGCAAAGGGCUUGGAUCAUCUCUGCUUUUUGGAAUGUUCUUUCCUACAUACUUCUUGGAGUAAUUUGUUUCCUUUGGGCUCCAUCACAAAAUCCAACUAGAUAUGCAUAUUCAGAGGAGAUGGGUGAUGAUUUUGAUGAGGAAGGAAUUUCGCUCACCAGCGGUGCCAAAGUAGUUGGAGAUAUGGCUAACAAGCUUGAAAGGAAGGAGAGGAAAGCUUCAGAUCAUGUUUUUGGAUUGGGAGAUGAACACGAAGAAGACAAAAGAGAAUGAUAAGUGCUUUUCAUGGAUAGGAUAUUGUUUUUAGCUAUCUGAUCCAGUCUACUGAGGCAAGGGAUACCAAUGUACAUCAACAUGCAAGCUUGAGCUGAAUUAUAGAAGAAUUAGCACUCGAGUUCAUUUGUUGAAUAUAAUUGCUUCCAGUCCUUACCAGUGAUUUGAUUAUCAUGUUUUGGUUGCCAGAUGUAAUAUAGAGAGAUUUUCUGAAAUCUAUCAUUGAAACAAGUAGAAAAUUUCAAUGAACUUCUCAUCUUGGCUGGUGUUUGAUGAGCAAUAAGUGUCUGAAUCAAUCAUUUUAAUUGCAAUCAUGUAUAAUACGAGCUUAGAUUUUAAUGGAAAAUGGCCUGCAUUGUUCUUGUUUUUUGGCUAA